CACUUACUGUAAUUGUUUGAGGUAGAAAUAAAACUCAGAGAUCAAUCCUGAUAAUCUUUUCAAACGAAAUUAAAAAAAUCUUAACCGAUUCCCUGUAAGAUAAUUCUUUCAUCCCAAGAAUCAUUGUAAUAGUUCUCCACUGAACAACUUUAAUCAAGUCAGUAUCUUUUCUUAGAUAAGGAGACCAAAACAAUAUCUUGUUUCUAACUAAGGCAUAAUCAGUGUUUUCUAUAGAUAUAAUUGUCAGUGUAUCAAUAAAUAAACUAAAAUUCUACCAACUUCAAGCAACAGAGCACUACUUUGAUGGUUUGUGUGACUUAUCCAAUGUUAUUGCCAAGAUCCAUUCCUUCAGCGGCUUCUGAUCUAUAUUAAAUGUGAUCCAAACUAUAAUAACUCAUUUGUAAGUUCAUAUGAGCUGAGUUUCAACUCCAGUAUUAAUCAUGUUUUCAUGAUCCUAUUAAUAUUAUUACAUGCUGGAAUAGGCUUGUUACCCCGAUCUUGUAUAAUAUAAAAAAUAUCAAUUUUUUAGUAAAAUUUGUACACUUCUGCCACCUCUCCCUGAAUUAACAUUUUUUGGAUAUGGCUUUACCAUCACUCAAUUCAUAUUGGAUAAGCAAAAAAAGAAAGGACCUUAUUGAAAGGACCAUUGUUCAAAGGAGAGAGCAACAAGCUCAGAGGUACCAGACCUGGGAUGUGGCUGCUCAGUACUUUAAAGAUCUGGACACAAUGUCAACUCAGUAUCAUAAUCUGGAAUCUUCAAGACCUGGUACUGCUAAUAGUCAGUACCUUGGUAAUAAGGAAUCACUUGUGGAAGAACAGAACCAGGAAGAAAGGAAGAAAAAAUUAGAAGAACGGAGGACAAGACUUGCUGCUUUUCUGAAAGGAAAAAAUGAACAACUUGAGACUGAACUAGAAGAAAAGAAAAAACGAGAACAUCUUCAAGAUCCUUGGAAUGUAAAUGCGCUAAGACAAAAACUGGAAGAAAUGAAACAACAGCGAAAGUUAGAACAACUUCAAACGAAAGAGAUAAAAUUGUAUCAACAUUGGCAGCAAACAAAUCCUGAAGCAAGACAGUUGCUGUCUGAUCAUCUAGAAAAGAAUGUAAUCCAGAGUUGGGGAAAUCAACUAAAAGAAAAAGAAGAGCAAACAGCCAGAGAAAUGGCAGAGGACAGACUCCUCUUAGCUGUGAUGGAACAAAAAAGACUAGAAGAAGAAAGUAAAGCAACUGAAUUAGAAAGAAAGAGAAAGGAAGAAGCUGAAGCCUGGGCUGAGGAUUUAAAAAAACAGAUAGAAGAAAUUAAACACAAAGAGUUGCAGACACAAAUGUUAAAAAAAGAAGAAUCUCUAUUGAUGCAGAAACAACAGCAGAUAGAAGAGAUAAUAAUCAAAAGAACAGAGCUAGAAAAAGCUCAAGAGAAGAAGAAAAUGAGAAUAGCAUUAACAAAACAGUGGACACACAAAUUGAGAAAGAAGGCUCAAGAAGUCCAAGAGGAGCUGCAAUUUGAUAGACAACUGUUAGAGUAUUUCUCUAAAGAAGAAGCUAAGCAACAGGAAAAAGAAAAGGCUAAGAAAGAAAGAACCAAAGCAGAUCUUGACAUGAUGAGGAAAAUGAUCCAAGAACAAAUAAAGCUAGAAAGAGAGAGAGAAGCUGAGUCUCAGUUGCUUUUUCAAGAAGAAGCAGAAAGAGUGUGGCAAAAAAGAGAGGCAGAAUGGGAAAAAGAGAGACUAGCACGUGAAAAGCUAUUAAAUGAGGUAUUAUUUGGUAUUAAAGCUCAGAUGGAAGAAAAGUUGGAACAAAAUUUAAAGCAACAACAGGAGAAAUUGAAAGAAAGAGAGCAGUUGGUGAAAGAAAUAGAAUUAGCUACCAAAAGAUCGAAAGAAGAAGAGCAAGAUGCCAGAGCCUGGAGAGAUCAGUUAAAAAGAGAUUUAGAAUCUCAGAUACUGAAUAAAGAGCAAAGGAAAGAAAACGACAUAUACGAUAAAAAAGCGCUCGAGAGGCGUAAAGACGAAGAAGCAAAAAGCUACCAAGAUUCGUUAAUCACAAAGGAAGAUAUGCGACUACAGAAUGAGGGAUACAACCCGCAGUUUCAUCGUCGUAAGAUAGCAUGGUUAUAAUCGUCAUCGUUGUGAAAAUUCGGAACUUUAUCAACAAAUAAUCUUCUGAAGUGUUAGUACAUCUUGUGAACUACGACACCGUUGGGGAUCUAUGUGAGAGUUAAUUAUAUAAAAUAAAAAUGGUGUACUGUAUAAA